AAGUGCUCGAGUUUUACAUCAUUUACUAUUCGAAAGUCGACUCAGAAAGAAUAAAAAAACUUAGUUCUGCAAUUAAUCUAAAUAGUUCUGCAGAGAAGAAUAAAGAAAUUUACAAUUUCCUGCAGCAAAGAGGAUAACAAGAAAGAUUCAUAAUGGUGUCAAUUGAAACAAUUGCGACAAUAUUUGUCAAAGUUUUCAAGCUGGUCCUAAAUAUCAUUGUUUUGAUCAUUUAUCGAUUUGGCUAUGGAGGUGACUUUUUGGGUGUUGGUGGAACGUGGAAUUUAAAUGAAGAGAAGUCUGCUGAUGCAGAGAUCAUCGCAUCUGGCGUUUACGUUGGUUUCUUGAUCUACACAUCUGUUCAGCUGUUCACAUAUCUUUUUGGAACAACAAAACAUAAGCGAGAACUUUCAGACACAAUCAUGAAUGUCGUUGGUACACUUUUAUGGUUGGGUGUUGCUGGAACAGCACUUCAUUAUUGGCACGGAUAUCAAGCACCUCACGAUUUUGCAAAUUUGGCAUCAGAACGAAUGAUGGGUCUGAUUAUGGGAUACUUGACACUCCUCGUCGCUGCCCUUUAUCUUGCCGAUUCAGUAUUAGCAUUUGUUCAUUAUGCUAAACAUGAGAAUAGCAAAUACUAAGCUCAGAAGGAGGCAGCUACUAUUUAAGAUUACAAAUAUUCAUGGAUUAUUUUUAAAUUAGAAAUCGCAUCACUUUUUACAUUUGACAUUAGUUUAAGGAAAUCUUUUUUUUCGGAUGAUUCAAAAUUAUCCAACACACACACAAACAUGCAGCAGUAGAAAUAAUUACUUUUAUCAUUUAAGGUUAUAUAGGGAAUGUACAAUGUGCCAAAAACAUUCAAUAAGUUAGGAAUA